UACAUUACAUCACCAGCUUAAGAAGGUUUUCCACUCAAAUACAAAAUGAAGAUAAACAACUCCGGUAAAAAUGAAUUUGGAAGUGAACGAAACUUUUAUCCAUGUGCAUUAGGGUUUGCCAUCGCCAUUGGAGCAGAUAACGGUCUGGCGGCUUUACAGAGCAGCAUGAACGUUAAAGGUGGAAUCGGCACAAACUCUCUUCUUGUCAAAACCACAGCUGCAAUCAUUGGAAGCUUGAUUGUCGUACCUGUUGUACUCCAAAGAUAUGGACCGAAAGUUGCUCUGAUUAUUGGAGUAAUACUCAAUAUUUUCGUAACUUUGGCAAAUUUUUAUCCAGUUUGGUACACAAUGUAUUCUACGGCAUUCUUUGCUGGCAUAGGAAUGUCCUGUGCUUGGGUUGGAUGUUCCGUGAUAAUUCAAAGUAUUGCAUCCAAUGCUGAUAUGCAUCAAGACGUAGAUUCUUCUUCACAAAAGUACUUUGGGAUGUUUCUUGCGAUAUUGUCUCUGGCACAAGUAUUCACAAAUAUUGUGACGCAAAUGAUACUUGACUGGAAUAACAUUGCACGAUACAUUGGUAACUUUGUUGAUGGGGGCUCAAAUCACAGCAGUACUUUUCUUCCGUAUAAUAUAACGUCUGACCACCUGUUGACAUGCGGGGCGAGGGAUUGUCCGAUUGAGUACUCAUUUCGUAAGACGUCUGGCAAAUUUUCCGUGCUGAUACCGGAUCAAACAUUGCUACAGGUUCUACUUGUUGUCCAUGUCUUGAUGCAUAUUGUUGGAGCUGCCAUUCAUUACUUUUUUAUUAAAGGCACAAGCUAUGCGACUGAACAAGUAGAGAACAUUCCAUCGAUGACACAGCCAUUGUUAACGGAUGAAAGUAGCGAUUUAUUAUCCAGUAUCAAAAAAAGAUUCAAAUAUGCCACGUCUUUGCAAGAACUUUUGACUUGGCCUGUGAAGUUGCUAUUCGGUAUAACAAUAGCGUAUAUUUGGACGGAACAUAACAGGGCAUUUGUGUCUUGCGUUGUUGGAGUCGAUAAGGUUGGAAUAUGUACUGCUAUUGUUGAUAUAAUGUCAUUCGCAACAUCUCUAGUUAUUUCGAAAAAUUCGAAGACUAUAGGUUUACCAGUUAUAUUCACUGUGGGAUUGGUUUACGAUUUGAUCAACUAUACUUGUUCGUUGUUAUGGAGACCAACAGUUUCUACUAAAUUCGUUUCAUACAUUUUGUCGGUUACUUUUGGAAUUACACAUGGCAUCAGACGUAACAUCUCAUUCUUGGUAACGGCAGCUCAUUCGCCAGAUAAGGACACUGGGUUUACCAUACAAGUGCUAUUGCACUUUCUGGGAAUAGUUAUCAAUACUGCCUGGAGUAUUCCACUUUGUGUCAGUGUGAAAAUAUACAUCAAUAUAUCAUUGACCAUAAUCGCUACUUUAUGCUGGUCAAUUGCAAAGGUUCUUCUAAACAGAGAUAAACUGCCAUAAAAGAAUUACAGUACAAUCACGAAAUACGAAGAAAUAAGUUAUACAACGGGAAUAUCAAGGCACUAUUACAGGAUACUAUUUUUCUGGACAAAAAAUAAGUUAUGGCGGAUCCGAUUUUAUUUUUCCGAUGUUUGCAAAGAACUGUUCCUCAUAUGUCAACGAUUCUGGGGUGAUCGGUUUGGUGUAUGAUGUUGCUAAACAAGAAGUGAAAUUGUGUGGUUUGGAAAUCCCGCCAUGAUUUUGCGGCAGUUCUAGACGCCACAAAAUACUUGCAACUGCACUCGCAAAUUUUUGAUUACUGCGACUAAACUAAAGCUCUCAGGAAGACAUAAUGACAAUUAAAUUACGACUAAUUUUAUAGAAACACAGCUGAACUAACUAAUAACACGAAAACGAGCCAAUGUUUGAUUGACCAUGUUUGAAUAUCUGUCUGGGGGACUUUAUAAAUUACCAUCAUUACGUCAUCGUAGAUUUAUUGCUGAUUGCAUAGUGUUAGGGAAAUAAACAAAGUAAUCCAUUUUCGGAAAACAUCCAUGCUUAAAGAUUCUUCAGAUGCGUGUAAUUUGAUUUAAUAAAUUAUUUAUAUUCUGGCGUACUUUGGGCGGCUUAAUGAUAACAAAUAAAAUACCAAGUUUUAAGCACUAUUAUAUCAUAGCUAAAAAACCUCCAUGGUAGCGGCGUCGCUAGAGUGUUUCAUUUUUUAAUUCUAUUCAAAAAUUGGAUGGUGAGUUGCAAGAUGAAUUAUUUGGCCCAAAAAGUGAUCUAGAAUGUCGUUCCGCAUUUCAGUCAUCGAUUUCUUGAUAUACGAGGGCUCGCAUUGUACCCACAAACACUUAUGACACCAUCACAAAUCUUAGUAAGCAGCAAGCAAAUUGUAUUCACUAAUUUACCUAACUUGAACAUGACAUCUUCUACAAUUCUAAAAAUCUGUUUUCUCAUGUAUUCGGAGUAAGACGUUUGGCUUGGAUACUCUAACUCAGGGUGGUUCAAACCACGGCCCGCAGAACAAUUUUAGCAUGCACUAAAUCAUUGGCAGCUAUUUGUAUUUAUUGGCAGAAUAUUUUUGAAUUAUUUUUAAACUAUAUCAACUGGAAAUAGCCCUUUUCCUAAUCCCGAUGUCGGGAUUCAUGUUGGUUGGAAACACGAAAAUUCAAUGUUGUAUUUAUAAACGCCACGACAGUGCCAAUAUGGGAAUGACUACCUGUGAUCGGUACAAAGGAGAAUGGAUUGUUUUGUGGACCAAGUUGGGUCGCGUUUUUUAACUAAAUAUUGUACCUUAAUCUCGCGUCAAGUAACUCCUCAUUUGGAGAGACGUUAUGUGCCU